AGACACGGAUGAAGAUGAUGAAGAUGCCACUGAUUCCACUGCUGAUCAUGCUGGAGUUCCUGAGUCAGGGAACAUCUGGGGCUGGAGUUGUCUCCCAGUCUCCUACAGUCAAGUCUGUUACUUUGGGAGAAUACGUGUCUCUGAGCUGCACAGCCAGCCAGGGGGUGGAUGAUGACCUGAGCUGGUACCUGCAGAAACCUGGACAGCCUCCUAAGCUCCUCUUCUAUAAGAUAAAUAAACCAGAGUCUAAAACUCCCAGUCAUUUCAGCAGCAGUGGGUCUGAACCAGAUUUCACUCUGACCAUCAGUGGAGUCCAGGCGGAAGAUGUAGGAGAUUACUACUGUAUGGGUGCAUACACUGAUGGGAACACACACUUCCAGUCCCCUGGGAAGCCCCUGUUGGCCAGGCACACUAGGACAACAUCACCCUGGUCCUCCUGCUCACUGGAGGGGAUGUUUAUAGACCUGUGUGUUUCACACUUGAUGACUGAGAGCUCCUUCAACACAACAGAAACUACAUCAACAAUGACUCUGGUCACCAUCUUCAUCUGGACACUGGUCUGCUUCUGCUUCAGAGGAUCCAGAGGUCAGGUGACUGUGACUCAGCCUCCUGUAGUGACCUUUUCUCCAGGAGACACUGUCACUCUGACCUGUAGAACCAACCCUGCAGUUUAUAAUGAUAGUGAUGGAGAUGAGGGUGCGUUCUGGUAUCAACAGAGACCUGGAGAAGCUCCUAAACUCCUGAUAAAAUAUGCAAAGACAAGGAUAGAUGGGAUUCCUGCUAGAUUCAGUGGCAGUGGGUCUGGGAGUGACUUCAGUCUGACCAUCAGUGGAGUCCAGGCUGAAGAUGCAGCAGUUUACUACUGUCAGAGUUAUCACAGUGGUAGAGUGUUCACACAGUGAUUUAGAGCCGUACAAAAACCUCCUGCACCAAAUGACACACAUCAAUGUUAACAUAUUUGAAUGUCCCCUCAAUGCUUGGUUGGUCUACCAGACACACAGGUGUCCCUCACUUUCACAGAGAUGUUGAUCUGCAUGAACUCUCUCUCAGAAUAGAGUAGGACACUCCCCAAGUGAUCAACAUCCACUGACAUGACAACAGAGUCAUUCAUUUAACUUUGACAUUUCCACUGAAUUUUCAUUCUGCUGAAUCACUGUUAUGAUAAGAUACUACUUUAUUGGUCAUAUUAC